UAGACACAUACAUAUAUAUAGAGACAUGUAAAUAGUAAAAUGUAGGGUCCCUUCCCUAAUUUAAAGCCUGCAACAGAAAUGAGUGCACUUCUCUGUAGUAAACAGUAACACAUCGGUCUUCUUCAUGUCUUUGGAUUUCUUUUUCGGAUUUGGAUUCUGUUUCAACCAUAUAUUUCUUUAGAUAAAUACUAGAUGACAUUCUUCAUCUCUUUCUCUGUGAACAACAUUUUAAAUAAAUGGAAUUUCAAGAAAGAAAUUAUAUAAGAUUUUCUUGAUUCUGAUUUAUCUUUUUCAAUAUAAUUUUUUUGGUCGGAAGAUCUUAAAGAUAUGAAAAUGGAUUCGUGUCAUAAACAGAGGGAGCUCCGUACCUGAUUCGGCCCUCCUUCUUUUCAACUUCUUCUUUCUUGAAUUUUUUAAAAUAUUUUCCCCUCAAAAAUAAAAAGUUUUGGUUUGAUCAUUUAGUUAUAAAAUGUUGCUAUUUGUUGAUCUAGAACUCUGAAUCUUUUGGUGAGGCAGAUGAUGAAGAUUCUGGGUUUCUUCAUGAAAUUGUAAUAAAAGAACAUAGAGAAGCUGCGGAAUGAAAGUACACUGUUCUUUCACGGAGAAAGAAGAGAAAUAAGCAUUUUCUUCUUCUUCAGUUUUUAACACACAUUUUGGAAAUUUUGGUGUAAAAAUUCUCUUUGGAACGUUUUGUUGUCUGAAAUCUUCCCAAAGGUUCUAUCAGUAGAAGAAGGAUAAAGGUUCUUAGAAACCCAAUGGACAACAACAACACUUUUAGUUCUCUGGAUAAUGCCAUGACUAACCAAAAUCCUCUUCUCAUGGAUUUUAUUCCUUCAAGAGAAGAUUCAACUUCAUUCUCAACAAUGCUUCCAUGGAACUCCAUCAGAUCAGAUCCUCUACAAAUGGGUGGCUUUGAUAUCUUCAAUUCUAUGCUGACUAACAAAUACUUAUCAUCUUCUUCACGGUCUAUCGAUGUUCAAGAUAACCGCAAUGUCGAAAGCUUUGAGUUCAUGGCUCCUCCUCCUCCUCCUCCACUUCAUCCUUUGGAUCAUUUAAGGCCCUAUGAUGAUUCCUCAAACAACAUGUGGGGUUUUGAGGCAAAUAGUGUGUUUCAGACAUAUUCAGGUGUUGUUGGUCCAAGUGAACCAAUAAUGUCUACAUUCGGGGAAGAAGAUUUUCCGUUCCUGAUUUCGAAUAGAAGAAACAACGAGCUUUCAUUGAGUCUUGCCACAGAUGUUUCUGAUGAAUGCUCGGAGAUAAGUAUUUGUGCUGCUACUAGAUUAGCCUCAGAGCAAGCUUCUUGCAGCAGCAAAGACAUUUCUAAUAAUGUUGUCACUCAAGGUUUCUCUCAACUUAUAUUUGGCUCAAAGUACCUUCACUCUGUUCAAGAAAUACUAUCUCAUUUCGCCGCAUACUCGCUCGAUUAUUCAUCUCGAGGAACCGAGCCAGGGGCUGCUAGUUCGGCCUUUACUUCACGUUUUGAGAAUAUUACCGAGUUUCUUGAUAGCGAUUCUAAUAACUCGGAGGCGGUUUUCGGAUCUACAUUUCAAAGAAGAGCAUUAGAAGCAAAGAAAACCCAUCUCCUGGAUCUUCUACAAAUGGUGGAUGAUCGAUAUAGUCAUUGCGUAGAUGAGAUUCAUACGGUUGUAUCAGCAUUCCACGCUGCAACCGAGUUAGAUCCGCAGUUACACACCCGGUUUGCCCUCCAAACCAUCUCUUUCUUAUACAAGAACCUGAGAGAGAGAAUCUGCAAGAAGAUAAUCUCUAUGGGAUCUGUAUUGGAGAGAGGCAAAGAAAAGUCUCAAGAAAACUCUAUGUUCCACCAGCAUUGCCUUCUUCAGCAGCUGAAACGAAAGAACCAUCAGAUUUGGAGACCGCAACGAGGUUUGCCUGAGAAGUCUGUAUCGGUUCUACGGACUUGGAUGUUCCAAAACUUCCUUCACCCUUACCCGAAAGAUUCGGAGAAACAUCUUCUAGCUAUACGAAGUGGCUUGACAAGAAGUCAGGUAUCAAACUGGUUUAUAAAUGCGCGGGUUAGGCUAUGGAAGCCGAUGAUAGAAGAGAUGUAUGCGGAAAUGAACAAGAGGAAGCUAAACAAUAGUCACCUUCAACCCAACGGAGCAACUCUUCGAAUGCCAAAAUCUGUUAUGAUGAGCCAAGCAAUGCAAAAAUAAGACAACAAUUGUGUUACCAACUUGUGAUAAUUAGGCAAUUGCUACUAUAUUAUUGCCCAAAACCUAAAGCAUGUACGACUAUCAUUACGUAUGUUAUAAUUGUAUAUACAACUUCUUGUCUUGACUACUU